CAUACGUCACGUCAGUUGAAUGGACACUGCGGUUUGCGGCAAAUGAUCGCAGAGUAGUGGGUUUUACGGAUUUGUAAUUAUACUGCAGUUCGUAAUUCUUUCGUUUCCCCAGUUUCUAGUGUUCCGAUUGUGUAAUUACUACUCGCGGAGUGUGUAAAUUUAUACGAAAUAGCGCGAGAGAAAGUGUCUAAAAUGCGCUAGUGCUGUUUUUUAGACAAGACAAGUUUUUGUGUGCAAAUUUAUUCCCGUUUUGGCGCAAGUUGUGAGGAAAAUCACGUCGCAAUAAUAAGUUAACCGCCAUGGAGAGAAGAACGCAUAUCGGAAGCCUAACUUUUAAUUGAAAAGGAUGGGACACUUCCAUCGCGCUCCAUCUUUACUAAUUACUCCCUUGAAGGUGCGUGCGUGCCUUGUGCGCAUGCGUUGAUGGACGCAGCGAACGGGGCCGCGAGGGGCGGCCGGGCGGCGCGAGCGCUCCGUCUGUUGCUCCUGUUGGUUCUAGCGCUCGCCGCCGUGGAGUACCUUUUCGGUUCCAUACUGGAGGCGUCUCCACUCAGGACCUAUCUGUAUACGCCGCUGUACAACGCUACGCAACCUACUAUCAGAUCCGUCGACCACUCGCCUUGGCCUAAAGCUCUUCAAGCCGAAACGACUCAGAACACUAAAAACUCGACCCAAAACAGCACAAAUCAGUCAACUGGACGCAAACUCGACGUAACCGGACGAAAACCAGAGAACGCAACCGUAAAGAAACCUGAAAAUACGACUAAAAGAAAACCCGACAACGCAACACAGUCAAACAUGACCCGAACAGAUCUAGAAGACAGCACUACGCUGCUGAUAUCCAAGAUUAUGGACAGUAUUAAGAAUUCUGCGACUACUGAAGGAGAGUUUAGAAGAAACGAGACGGAGCUACCGUUAUGCGAUAGCAUGCCGCCGGAUUUAGGUCCAAUACCAGUGAACAAAACGGACAUGGAGCUAGACGUGGUGGAGAAAAAAUAUCCUGAGGUGCACUGGGGCGGGCGGUACUCCCCGCCCAACUGCACCGCCCGGCACAAAGUUGCCAUUAUAGUGCCAUAUAGAGAUCGCCAGCAGCAUUUGGCUAUUUUCCUGAAUCAUAUGCACCCGUUUCUAAUGAAGCAACAAAUAGAAUAUGGAAUAUUUAUCGUCGAACAAGAAGGUACACACGAGUUCAACAGAGCCAAGCUCAUGAACGUAGGCUUCGUGGAAAGCCAGAAGCAGAAGGCCGGUGGCUGGCAGUGCUUCAUAUUCCAUGACAUAGAUCUCCUGCCGCUCGACCAGCGGAACAUGUACUCCUGCCCGAGGCAGCCGAGGCAUAUGUCGGCGUCUAUCGAUAAAUUAAAUUUCAAACUGCCAUACGAAGACAUUUUCGGCGGAGUAUCGGCCCUCACGCUCGAGCAGUUCCAGAAAGUCAACGGCUUCUCCAACCGCUACUGGGGCUGGGGCGGCGAGGACGAUGACAUGGCCUAUAGAUUGAAGAAGAUGAACUACCAUGUCGCAAGAUACAAAAUGUCCAUAGCUCGGUACGCUAUGCUGAACCACAAGAAAUCCAAUCCAAAUCCAAAAAGGUACCAGCUUCUCUCACAAACGAGCAAAACCUUCAAGAAAGACGGUCUAUCGACCCUAGAGUACGUGCUAGUAGAAGUAAUACACCACCACCUUUACACCCACAUAGUGGCCAACAUAGACGAACAUAGCUGAUGGACAUAUUUCGCCAAACUCCUGUUUGGCGACGAAAGGUAACAAGUGACUCGCUUGUGAUAUUACAGUUACCACGUGAAUAUUACUGCAUUUGCAAUUUGAUGUCAUUUGCUCUGCAGUUACAGAAUAGUGUUCAAUGAAAGUCACAAAUUAUGUGUUGUGCCAGGAAUAAUUUUAUGAUUGCGUUUGAUGUAUAUUGUUAAGUGUAAAGUGUAUUAUAGAAAUCCGUUUUUAUUUCGUUUUUAAAUCAUCGACAUUUUGUAAUAUUCCAUUUUGAACACUUUAUUGUCACUGAAUCUAUGGGAAUCUGUGUAAACACAUUUUUAGCUUUAUUUUUCUGCUGUUGCUGUGGUGAAAUGAUGUUAGUGAAAGGCGUAGAAACGGUUAUGUGUUCAUGUCGGAGAUUUUAAGAUAAAAACAAAACAAUGGCACAGAGAACAAUUUCUAUUAAAACUGUACCAGUUUUAUUUGCUGUUAUGUGUAUAUCGACACUGGCCAAAUGAAAGACACAAUAUCACCUGAUAU